AACGAGGGGGCUUUGGUCUGACGCACAGACUCUUGUUUUCAUCUGAAUGGUCUGGCUGUUCCCGUUUCCUUUGAUUGAUGAGUUGAAGGAGAGCGUUUGAUGUAGCCUACCUUUUUUCACCCCUUAUUCAUAUCUGAAAGCAAUUCAUGAGCCAACAGGAGUCGUGUCCUGUCCCCUUUCUCUUCUCACCGAGGAAAAACAGUCCCGACGUGCUGGAUGAAGUUUCUGAAGCGUGAAAUAAAAUUGCGUCACCAUUUUACCUGAUGCAGAGAAGUUCCUCCGGCCUUUUUUAAGACAAGAUUAUCAUUAUUAGUAUUUAGUUAUUCGAUUCCAAUCAUCCCGAUUUGGUCAUUGUGUGCUCCUCCGUUAUUCGUUUCUAUUGUUUUCCAUUUUUGGAGAAGAGACCGGCGGAUUUGCAUAUACGGACUUGGUGAAUCUGUGCGCGCGAGGCAAGCAUCACACACCUCUCUUCCAAGGAGCAAGCCCCACCCGGGCAGCGUCUGGGGCUUGCGUCCUUCACGAGAUAAUUACGUUAAAAUCGCUCGGUAUGUUUUUGAGAGUAUGUCUGACAGACUCCUUUAGCGCGUGGCUUCAAAUUCGCAUGUUCACAUUUUCUAUAGGCUUGUUUUUUUGGUCGAUCACCGGUAGAAGACGGGAGGUAGUCUAAACAUUUUUGGACGAGGAGAAGAACGAAACCUUUCGACAAUUAUUUUCGUGUUUUUGGACUAUGUGACAUCAAACGUCACAGAUAUUUAAUGAUAAAAUAUGACCAAGUACGGAUAUCGGAAAUGUUGUCAGUUUGGAAAACCUUCUUCUCUACAAGGAUUCACGCAGUCAAAUUCGAAAUCAUUUGACAACAGCGGUGACAGAUUAUUAGUUGUUGAAUGGCCAUGAUAAAAUGACAACGCAAUGUUCUGUAUCCUCACCGAAAUGUGGUAUUUGGACUUGAUUGCGUAGUGUCGAAAUGUUUUUCUGACGGAUAAAGAAGAUACAUUUUAUAGACACAACUAUGGGGCUGUAGCUGCAGACCGAACAUAAUCGCUUGUUGUUCCGUCUGCGCUCCGUGCCCAACGGGAAACGGGGAACGGGCUCUGUGUUUCCUUUUCCCCCGGGUUGUUUCGGUUGAGACAUGGCAGCUAUUGCCAGCGGUUUGAUACGACAGAAGAGACAGGCACGGGAACAACAAGUCCACCGGCCGACGCCACACCGACGGAGGCGAAGCCCCAACAAGAAUAAAGGACUUUGUAACGGGAAUUUGGUCGACAUCUUCUCCAAAGUGAGAAUCUUCGGCUUGAAGAAGAGAAGACUACGGAGACAAGAUCCACAGCUUAAGGGCAUAGUGACCAGGUUGUACUGCAGACAGGGAUACUACUUGCAGAUGAACCCAGAUGGAUGUCUGGACGGGACCAAAGAUGACGGCACUAACUCCUCUUUGUUCAACCUCAUCCCAGUGGGCCUUCGAGUGGUGGCCAUCCAGUCAGUCAAGAUGGGUCUGUACAUCGCCAUGAACGGGGAGGGACACCUCUACUCAUCAGAGCUGUUUACAGCAGAGUGUAAGUUUAAGGAGUCUGUGUUUGAGAACUACUAUGUGAUCUACUCAUCGAUGCUGUACAGACAGAAUGAGUCUGGGAGGGCCUGGUUCUUGGGCCUGAACAAGGAAGGACAGCCCAUGAAGGGCAACCGAGUGAAAAAGACCAAACCAGCCGCUCACUUCCUGCCCAAACCUAUAGAAGUUGCGAUGUACAAGGAGCCGUCGUUGCACGACGUCAGGGAGACAUUGCCUAAAGUUGCCGGAGUCCCGCCCAGCAAAAGCACAACCAGCGAACCAGUGGCCAUGAACGGGGGAAAACCAAUCAACAAACCCGACCCGAAGGAGACUGCAACAUAACCCUGCCCCCUCCUCUCCCCCCGCACGACAGAGACUUGAGACUCUGCCCACUGCACUCAAACUCUCACCUUGAUUGGUCAAUUAUGGGCUAAGUCCCACCUCCUCUCUCUUUCUCUCGCUCAUUCUCUCUCUCUCUCUCUCUCUUUCUCUUUUUGGCUGAUUCGGUGCAGUGGUGUUCGAGAUGAGGAAAUGGACCACUCCAUUUGGGGGAUGGGGGAGGUGGAAGGGAGAAGAGGAGGGGAGAAGGAGGAGGAAGGGAAGGAGGAGGAGGGGGAUUGGCUGAUUUGUAUCGGCUAGAUAAACUACAAACUUGGACAGCAGAAUGCCCUACCUACGUGAUACGGAAUGCCUUUUUCAAAUCCUUACGAUUAUUUUUCUGUGACAAUCUGUGAGAAUGAUGACGAAGCGUUUUUUCCCCUCUUCCUUUUUGCCAGGUAGCCUUGCCUGCUGAUGGCUACCCAUAAGCCCCCUCUCUCACUCUGACACACUAUAGCAACAGAGUCCAUCCAUACUGACCACAGUCUGUUUGUUUGUCUGUUUACCAAUUUGUUUGUUUGUUUAUAAUUCUAUACCCAAAAUGCACCAGCGACCGUCUGGAUAGAUUGUUGUACAGACACAAAACAGGAUUGUCAUCUUCUAUUUUUCAAAUGAUUGUCUCUCUCUCUCUCUCUCUCUCUCUCUCUCUCUCUCUCUCUCUC